UUAUUGUGAAACCACAUGGUGGCUUCUGCAGUCACACAGUAUGAUGGGAACAGUGCCAAAGUUCUUGUCACUCCCCUUCAACCAACAACUCGCCUCCCAUCCAUCACCAAGUUAUAUGAGAGUCUGAACCAGAGUACAGCAAUACACACGUCUCUACAGAGCACAAGGAAAAGGGGAACUUACAAUCAAAGUCAAAAGCUAAUAAUCAGAAAAAUGGAUCCCAAGAAUCAGCCCCAAGGUACCUGGAAUUCAUCUGAGAAAUCAGGGAUGCUGCAGUCUACAUCACCACCACCACCAGCAUACCAGGAAAGUCCUGCUGGAUACCCGACCUCCUUUCCAAGCCAGCCAGUCCCCCAGGGCUCCUAUGUCCAAGGGCCAUAUCCAGGGCAAUCCGUGGUCGCCAUGCAGCCAGCAGUUUUUGUGACCGCCGCUCCACUGGCCAAUCCAAAGCCAGAUUACCUGUGCUAUUCCAUCUUUAACAUGCUGUGCUGCUGCUUUCCUUUGGGCAUGGCUGCACUGGUUUUCUCCUGCUCCACUCGAAAUGCCAACUACUCAGGACAGCAAGCAUUAGCAGAGAAGAACUCCAAAACGGCACGCACCCUGAAUCAUGUUGGCGUUGCACUUGGCAUUGUCUUUAUUGUAUUGGUUAUUAUCUUAGAGUUUGUGGUUUUUAAUAAUAGAUAACUGCUAUUAGAGCUGUCAUGGUUGGAUGCAGAUUACAGAGUUCUCUGCAUUUUUAUGUUAUUUGCUCAAUCAUUGUACUUAAAACAAAGCUGGUUAAUGUUAUGUUGAAAACAACAAAAGCUUUGAUUGGCCAAUUAAAUUUUUCAUGAAAAACA